AUGCGACGGCCGCUUGCGCUGCCUGCCUUUGCAGACGCCUUUGACUUGGCCUUUCCCUUGCGCUGCGUCCCCGUGCUGCGGCUGGGCUUCUCAGGCGCUGCUACGGAGCACAAGGUGGUCAAGUUGCAGGGCAAUCUGCUGGAAAGCUUGAAGGCAGGAGUGGUUGGGAAGCCGAGAGCGGUGAGUUUGUCUUUCGGCGUCAUCCAGGUGUCGGACGCCGGAUGGUACAUGCGACCACUCCCAGUCCUGAAUGUCGGCAACCUUCCAGAUGUGGCCGACCAGCAAAGCCUCUUCGACGGGCGCAAUCGCCUGGAUGCGUUCACCGUGCGCUCGAUCACUGCCAGCGCCAUCUCCCCGCUAAAGGCGCCGGUGCAAGAAGAAGACGUUGUUGAUACGGUGGCUAGGGCUGAGUCCUGCGUUGCGCUGGGAGAGAGCUGCGAAGGCUGUGUCCACAUCGGCGCUUCCGAGUCCGUGACGGACUGGAGCGACGCGGCCAUCGAAAGCGCUUUGGCACUGACGCUGGCUUGCGAGAUCAGCACGUGUUGGGGCAUCACUUCUUUGAAGUACGCCGCCGUGACAGAGUGCAGCCUGGGCUUGGUGCAAUUGAAGGCCCACAAGUGCGACAGUUCCUCGCCGCAGUGGAAGCAGCGCGUGCAGCGGGAUGUGCCGCAGUGCGCCUCUGGCUGCCUAAACCAGCGGAUCUGCACGAAGCAGUGCCUGUCGCGGCUGGGCUUCGGGGCCUGCGCGGACUGCUUGUUGGCACUGGCGCUGGAUCGGCGGGACACGUGCCGCUUGGGCAUCCCGCCGCCUGAGAUUCGCGCGCCGCAGGUUCCGAUUCCAGGAAUCAGUGUGCCGCAGCAGCUCUACAUCCCUGCAUUUGUCAGGUGAAGGCCCUCUGUUGGUCUCCAUGGGAGAGGAUGCAAGCCUCAGUUCGCGAGGCUCAGUACAAACGGUGGCAUUUGUUUCUUUCAGUUGCGUGUCUUUGGGCGCAAAGAUGGACAGCUGAAAGCUUUGUGGAUUUGCAUUGGGGCUUCUGAACUCGCGGCGGUGCGAGCUGGCUGCCGCGCCGUCGCGCUGUGCGGAGCAAGCCUUGGACAUCGGUCGUCCAUCCCCGAGGUUCUCCUUUACUCGGGCUUGCGCGAGGGCAGCUUUGUAAGCUGACAAGUGUUUCCUUCGGCAGCUGUUGGAGGGAAGGCUUGGAGCUUGUCUUCCGUUUCAGAGACGAAGCAUGAACCGCGAGCACCUGCUUGCGCAUGUGACCAGGAAAGCCUUUGAUGCUCGUCAAUCUGUCACAUAGGCCCACAGGCACACCCUGUCCCUGGCGAGAGGUGGGACCUUGAACCAUUUGACUGGCGGUGUCGGCCGCCUGUGCAUAGACUCCCACAAUCGCCCCACGUGGGCGACAUGCGUCAGCGAGGAAAGGGGCGAAGCUCGAGCUUUCUGUUGCGACUCGGUACA